GGGACUAUGGCAGACGCUGCUCAGAAACCAGGACAUAGUCUUCAAUCCGUACCAUCCAUCUCACCUCCUAGAAGAUCAUCGUCUUCUUUGACCGACUCUUCUAUAAGCUCGUCCUCGAGGGAGGCAAAGGAAAUAACUGUUAAACGAAGACCACAAGAUCAUCAGGAAGAUACAAACCAGAGGACCGUUCGGGAAAUCAUGCAGAAAGUUGAAGCCAUGACCGCACAAGAUAACAGUAGAGAGAGUGGCCCUGAACCAAAGUGGCGGAAGGCGCUCAGAAUAGCAGAGGGGAUGCAGUCAGUCCAGGCGCCGCAGCCAGCCCCUAUCAAUCAGUCGACGCCACUUGUUGCAUCGCCAAGAGGAAUAUCUUCACAAGUACCUUCUUCGGACUCUUCUGCAACUUCUUCAUCAGAGACGAAGAAGACGUCAUCUGAACUGGGCCCCAGAUCACAUGAUCAUCCGGAUAGUUCAAAACGGAAGACUGUCCGUGAGAUUAUGCAAAAGGUUCACGCCAUGACGGCACAGGCAAACAGUAGCAACAAUAGGCCUGAACCAAUGUGGCUCCAAGCACUACGACGUGCUGAGAAGAUGCGUCAAGCAACUCAGCCAGUGCUUGAUCAACAGUUGCCUCCUCCAACCCCACCCAAGCCACCUACACUGCUUCCUACGCAUGCCUUCGCAUGUCCAUUACCGGUUCAGGCUGGACAAAGCACAGCUACCCUGGUUCCGCGAUUAAAACCCAUUGGACAUGAGAGGAAUGUUUGUAUCAAUAGGCACAUUAAGCCUGCCCCGGCAGUCAUCAACACAGUUAAUGCCAUCAACACAGUUCAUACCCUCUUGCCUCUGCAACUGGGUACAAGAAGUGGAGGGAAUAUCCAGCAGGCCGGGAAAUCCCCUGUUUUUGUAGUACUCAUACUUAACCAGCAGGUUGCUCCUGGACCUCAACACACGCAGCCUCAUCAACAUCAAGUAGUCAAGCCACAAACUCCUAAACCAGCAGUCAAUGCUAAAAGGAGACUGAUGAAUCCUCCGGAGAGCCCAAUAGAUAUCAAUCCUCGUAAGCGACAAAAGCAGGUGUCACCUACUUCAACCAGUGGGCUGGGAGGGGCUUGUGCCUCGUCAAGCCCGUCUCCUCUACCUGCCGAAUCUUCAAUCAUCCCUGUGCUCUUGGAGACAGAGCUAGAGGACGUGGUCGCACAGGGGAAACCCACUUGUCUCGGAAGUGGGGUAUACGGUGAGGUCCUACUUAAGAGAAGGACAAGUGGAGAACUGAUUGCACUGAAACGCCUCAAGAAUGUGACUGAUGACGCGAAAGCUUACAAAGAGAUGUUAGAAGAAGUGAGGGUAAUGAUGGCCGUGCAGCACCGUCGUGAAUUCCCCAAGGUGGUGGGAAUUGUGAACCGGACAACCUUCGCUGUAGAGUUCGUUGGUGAUUCAGUAGCCCUCAAGUCCAGACACCUACGCAGCGUGGUGGACUAUCCUCCAGCUAAGCUCACCAAGCUUGGAUGGAUCAACAUAUGCCUCGAUAUAUCGAGAGGACUUCACGCUUUGCAUCAAGCUGGAUGGUCUCAUAAUGACCUACAUACUCGCAACAUCAUGGUGUGGCGAGACCCAAGCAACAAGUCGGAUGGAAACUGGGGUGCCAAGAUAAUUGACUUGGGGAUGGCUACGAGGAUAGACAACCCACCUCCUCCCUUCCAGUACAGCUUUGAGGAAAAGGCAAACUGUUACAGGAACUGUAUGCAACUAGCUCCACAGCUGAUAGAGGGCACCUGUCAGUACGGAAUCCAAACCGACGUCUACAGUUUGGGUUACGUAUUCAGCGUCGUCUCCUUCCAAAAGCCAGAACUGGGGGUGGUCGACUCCAUUCAUUUUCAGUGUCGUCGAGUGCUGAAGGAUCGGCCAAUUAUGGAAUCGAUUAUCCAGGAUUUGGAAAGAUUUCGCUGUGAUGUAGUGAAGGAGGCUAUGGCAGAUAUCAGAAAAAGGCUGAAUAGGUUAUCGAAGUUGGCCAAGGCAGCAAAAUGUCGCAAUUAAGUAAGUGUAAGGCUGCAAAGGCAGUGUAAGGCUGCAAAGCCUAAAACAAUAUUCAAAAUAGUAUACGGUAUGAAUGUUAUUUCCCAAACUUGGAAAAGGUGUUGAAAAAAUUAAGUUAAUUGAAAUGAACACAUUUAAUUAUUCAUUGUCAUUUUUAUAAUCGUGACAAGACUGUUUAUAAUGUGGAAAAAGUGUGGGAAAAACAUUCACUGAACACAUUCUUUGAAGAGUUAUCGGAAUUUUUGCAAAAAUUUAUUUCUAAAAGAUGCAUUGCAAUUGUUUUCAUGAUUACUGUUUUCAUCGUCCGCAAACCUAGGGCUUCAUUGCUGGAUAUAUUUUGUUGAAGGGAAUUUUGACCUUCUGUUGUACCUUUACCGUGUCUGUUAAGAACCCGUUUCACAAUAACUUACUGCUGAGCCAUGCAGUUUUUUGAUAAACCGUUUUUACGAUGUGGUCCUGAAAUUCUUAGAUAUUUCAAAUUAUUCCGAAGUUUUACAUUGAACGCAUAGGUACGGUCUUAUAAAAACAGCUACUCGGAUUUUCAGUUAUUUUCAGUUAUAAUAAAUGAUAUUAAUUUCAGUUAUAUCUGUGUUAAAGAAGAAAAACGGGUCAAGCUUAAAUCAGUAGGCAGUUAUUUAAUUAACAUUGGUUGCUCUCUUCUUUAAAGAAUCAUUACAACCUAACAACUAUUUAAAAUGAGGCUAUUGAUUUUUUGUAUGUCGUGUACAAAUGUAAACGCAUUUCAAUGUAAUCAGUAAUACAAGACAAUGUAAAGAAUAAAGCUAAAUAUCGAA